AGAUGGUAAAAAGAUUAUACAAACAUGAAAUCUAUACGUGAGAGAAGUUUUGCAUUUUUUGAACAUUUUUUAUAUCAUUUUAAGUUGUUAAUGAGAUUUUUUUAAUAAUAAUAGUUACUAUAAAUAAUGCAUAUCUUAUAUUAUGUGAUUGUAAAUUGUAAUAAAUCAGAUUAAUAAAUUGAAAUGAUGACAAUGAAAAUAAAAAUACAGAACUUAAAUUGUUUAUCUAAAUAAAAUAGGAUGUAAAGAAAGUUUGCUACAUGUACUAUUUUUACUCUUAUUAAAAUAACCUGAUCCAGUGAUCCUUAUUUCCAAGUCCCAACUAUCCAUCUUGUCCCCAACGGGUCAACCCGGGUCCUACCUACCCGACCCAUCAAACUUUACUAAUUUACAACUUUUACCCAACUUCAAACUUUUGCUGCAAAUUUGCUUAUGUAUACAAAAAUGCCCCCUUUUUCUUAUAACUUUGUUUUUGUGUGAUUUUUUUUGAACUUACUCUUUUUACAAAAAAUAUUUACAACUUAUUUUAAAGUAUUUUUACAACUUUGGUUUUACAGAGUCGUUUUUUUAAGAAGUUAUUUCUACAACCUUUUUUACAACUUCGGUUCUUUGACUUUACAAAUUGUUAGAAAUUUAUUUUCUAAUUUUUUUUUAUAUUCUUGUUUUCAUGCAUGUAAGAUUUCAAAGACAUAAAAAAACAUUUUUUUUUAAAUAUACGUUUUCACAAUCCAAAAGGAUAUACACAAUUUUCCAUAGCAUCACGAAUUUCUAACUCUAGUUAUUUACUAUUGUGUAUUAACUGAACAUUUUACUAUUAUUUACUAUUGUGUAUGGGUUAAGGGAAGUUUGUAUUUAACAUAACUAUUAUUUUUUACUCUUGGAAAAAUUUAGAGUUACUUAGGAUAUAUUGUGUCUCUUAUUGUGUCUCUAAGAUACUGUCUAUUAGUGUGUCUAGGCUCAAAGGAAAUUUGUAUUUAACAAGAUUAUACCGGUAAAAUAAGCUUUAACGAUAUUUUAUGUAUAUUUUAAACAAUGUUUGUAAGUCAUUAUUGUUAACGUAUAUAUUUUUAUGUACUUUCUAUGUAUUUAGUUGAGUAGCCCAUAUGUGGCCCUUGGCCCAUUGAUGUAUAUUUGUAUAAAUACGUUUUAUGAUGUAAUGGAUUGCAUGGGAUUUUAAUCACAAUUACAUGGUAUCAGAGAACCCUAGCCGCUUAGUUAUCUCUCCUUUUUCUUCCUAUUCUCGAUUUUGUUUCCCUCCCUUUCUUGCAUCAAUCAUGACGAGCAGUGAUUCAUCCUCUUCUGCCUCUCUUCUUGACAAACCUUCUUCCUCCAUUAACAUCAAACAUGCAGUUCCGCUAGUUCUUGAUCUUGAAAGAAUGAAUUAUGACAUAUGGCGUGAGCUGUUUGAAACUCAUUGCAAGGGAUACGGUCUCUCCAAACAUCUUCUUCCCACCACCGACAAGUCUCCUGAACCCACUGAAGAAUGGGAACGUUUGGACUCCAUUGUCAAAUCUUGGAUCUACAGCAAGCUGUCCCAACCUCUUCUCCACAUGAUUCUAAAGAAAAACUCAUCUGCAUAUGGCGUUUGGAACCGCCUGGAACUACUUUUCCGAGAAAAUAAGCAUACUACCUCCAUCCAACUUGACAGUGAGAUCCGAAACAUCAGUCAAGGAGACUCAUCUAUCAGUGAUUAUUGUUCUCGUAUCAAGACUCUUGCUGAUUUGCUUGAAAAUCUAGAAAAUUCGGUCCCUGAGAUCAAUCUCGUUUCCUAUGCUCUCAAUGGGUUGUCUACCAAAUAUAAUUACAUUGCUAUUACCAUACGACAUCGUGAUCCUCUACCCUCCUUCAUGAAAAUGCGGUCCAUGUUAUUGAUUGAAGAACGCCAAAUACUUCCAUAUCAGCAGCGACAAACUACUCUCACUCCCACUCAUUCUGACCACGGCUCUUCUCCCAUAAUUCUCGCCACUGAUGGCAACUCCAACUCAUCCAAUCAGUGUAACUAUUACCGUGGCGGUCGAUCUGGUGGCCGGAAUGGCCGUGGCGGUCGAGGAGGUCGCAAUGGCAACAGGUUUACUGGGGGUUCACGUCAGCAACAAUAUCCGGCGGCUGUACCUUCUGGUUGGGGGUACGGCUGGUACCCUCUGUCGCAUCAUGACCAGGCUCAACCUGGUCUUCUACCGAGUCCAUCAGCAAUGUUGCAACAGCCUUUGGCCCAACCUCAAUCAGCCCACAUGCCUCUUCUUCCAGGUGGGCCACAGCAAGAAGCCCAACAUCAUCAGUUUUUUGGGUCACCUGCUCUCUCCAACCCUCAUCCUCAAGCGUUGAUCAGCCACCCUCCACAUAUGUUUCAACAACCAACGAGUAUUCCACAAGCAUUCCAAACCACUUCCAUGGUUGAUCCGGGUACUGGAGGGUGGUACAUGGAUACAGGAGCUACCACCCAUCUUCAUCAAGAUGCAGGAUUUACAAACCAAACAAGUUCUCAUGCAAUGUAAUAGCAGCGGAGAUCUUUAUCCUGUCACCACUCCAUCUCCUCAAGCACUUCUCACUAUUGCUCCGCUUUUUUGGCAUCACCGUCUUGGUCAUCCCGGUCAUCAUGUCUUCAAGCAUUUAGUUGAUAAUCAUUUUAUUUCCUGUUCGUCAAAUAAAAUUUCUACUUUAUGUGAACCUUGUCAACUUGGGAAACAUGUUACCGUUUAAUAUCUCAAAUUUUGUUUCAUUAUUUCCGUUCCAUAUAAUACACUCCGAUGUGUGGACCUCGCCGAUUGCAAGUUAUAGUGGUAUUAAAUAUUAUGUACUCUUUCUUGACAAUUAUUCUCAUUUUGUUUGGAUUUAUCCCUUACGUGCAAAAUCUAAAGUUUUUUCCAAAUUUAUUCAUUUUCGUG